CUCUCCGUGGCAGUGAAAUCCCUCCGCUCUGACGUCAGCACCGACCCCCUCGCGCUGGUUGAUUUCCUCAACGAGGUGAACGCCAUGAGUGGCCUGGACCAUCCCCACCUCCUGCGGCUCCACGGGGUCGUCCUCAGCCAGCCCCUCAAGAUGGUGACGGAGCUGGCCCCGCUGGGCUCCCUGUACGACCAGCUGUGCCCGCCCUUCCCCCUGCACCGGCUCUGGCUCUACGCCGUGCAGGUGGCCCAGGGCAUGGCUUACCUGGAGUCCAAACUCUUUAUCCACCGUGACCUGGCUGCCCGCAACGUCCUGCUGGCCUCCGAGGAGCACGCCAAGAUCGGUGACUUCGGCCUCAUGCGGGCGCUCUCGAGCAAGGGGCACCGGUACAUCAUGUCCGCCCACCGCAAAAUCCCCUUUGCCUGGUGUGCCCCCGAGAGCCUGCGCUCUGGCGUCUUCUCCCAUGCGUCCGACGUGUGGAUGUUCGGGGUCACCCUCUGGGAGAUGUUCUCCUACGGCGAGGAGCCCUGGAUGGGGCGCUCGGGGCGCCAG